UGAAAAUGUCCCACAAUCCUGACAAGCCACAUACAAGUGCAGACAAGCUGAGUGCUUUGGAGGAUGGCCAAGAGACAAGCAUGGACACUGCAGGUCAGUCCAUCAGGAAGAGAAUACGACAGAGUCCUCCUGCUUCACACAGAGAUGAUGCACCCAAGUCUAGUCCUCCUAGGCUUGUGUCCAUGGAAGAGCUCAUGGAAACUGCGAAGGGAGUAACCAACAUGGCACUAGCCCAUGAAAUUGUUGUUAAUGGGGACUUCCACAUAAAACCAGCUGAAUUACCAGAACACAGCUUGGAAAAAAAAGUAAGAGAUAUUGUGCACAAAGCUUUCUGGGAUUGCCUGGAAGCCCAGCUGCAGGAAGAGCCACCAACAUAUGACCAUGCAAUUAAACUGUUGGGAGAAAUUAAAGAGACUCUCUUGUCUUUCUUGCUGCCUGGUCAUACUAGACUAAGAAACCAGAUUACAGAGGUUCUUGAUCUGGAUUUGAUAAAACAGGAGGCAGAAAAUGGGGCCCUGGACAUUUCCAAGUUGGUGGAAUUUGUUAUUGGAAUGAUGGGGACCCUCUGUGCUCCAGCUCGAGAUGAAGAAAUUAAGAGACUGAAAGAUAUUCAUGAAAUAGUUCCUCUGUUCAGAGCAAUUUUCUCUGUGUUAGACCUAAUGAAAAUGGAUAUGGCAAACUUCGCUGUCACUAGUAUUAGGCCAAAAUUAAUGCAGCAGUCUGCUGAAUAUGAAAGAAAGAAGUUUCAGGAGUUUCUUGAGAAACAGCCAAAUUCCUUAGACCUUGUCACAGAGUGGUUGCAAGAAGCCGCCGAUGAUCUCGUAAAGCUGCGCUGCAAAAAGCUGCUUCCCCACUGCGGUGACGACGACGGCGCUGCUGCCGGAGCCUCUGCCUUGUGCUCCGUUGCUGUGCAAAACCAGGCGUAUCUGAAGCUCCUGAAAUGGGAUCAUGUGAACAGGCCUUUUCCAGAAACCGUGUUAAUGGACCAGGCCCGUUUUCAGGAAAUACAGCUGGAGCUGGAGCAGCUCCUGCUGACGGGGACCGUCCUUCUGGUCACGUUCAGUGCGGCAGGCUCGGCGCUUGCUGGUAUACCCGGGUUUGCCGAGAAAAUCAAGACCAUAGUCAGGGUGCUGCUGGCAGGGUGAGUACCGAUUAACAUGCGGGAGUCCCUGGCGACCGUCGGCGAGAAGGUGUGCGCGGAGCUCAACGGCUGCCUGGCCCAGCACGGCCCCGCGCCGCUCGCGGCCGACAGGGAGACGGGGCUCAAGGGGCAAAUCCAGGCGGCGGCCAACGCCGACAACGCCAUCUGCUCGCUCAUAGAUUCUCGAAUUCAAAAGUUUCUGGGGAAUUAUCUUGCCUCUAGCCAUCAGAAAUCACUGCCUGCGCUUCCAGGAGGAUUAGGUCCUAUCCAGAGAGAGCUGGAAGAGAUUGCUGUCAAGUAUGUUCGUCUCGUCAACUACAACAAAAUGGUCUUCAGCCCUUACUAUGAUGCAGUCCUCGACAAAAUACUGACUAAGGACGUGUCUCAGCACCUGGAGAAGUCAGAGGAACCAUAAAACCAGUUUGUAUGCUGCCAA